UUUGUUGUAUUGCCUACUGGUUAUCACGCUUAACAAAAACCACGGCUUCUCCUGCUGAGCAAAAAGCGCGGCGACUCAAAUACCGGACCUAUAAAGAGAAAGUGCAACACUAACCAUAUGUUUCCUUUUUCAUCUCGUGCGUAAAAUUCGAUUUAAGAUCAUUUUUGAUAGUUCCAGACGGCGACCAUCUACGGACUGACAGUUGCGUAUCUGUGUCUCGGCUGCGUGUGACAAACAUAUCUAAUGUCCUGCGGUGACUCACAUUUCUAUGUUCUCAAGUAUAGUCGCGGAUAGCCUAUUUAAAGUAGACAUUACUUCUUGUUGAGGUGGCAGCUUGUUUACCUAGACGUGCUCAUGUUUGACUCUUUUAUGAAAUCCCGAGCCGAUGUUUAGGUCACUGGAAUAUCCCUUUAAAUAAUCAUCUUUACGGAUAAGAAAUUGUUAACUAUUUCUGUUGGUGUAAUAUUUGUUGGGGGAGAGCUUCAGCUGAUCUCUUCGGGGUGUGUGAGCUCCAAAUGCAUUCAUUGCUGGAUCGGAAGAAGAAAGAAGCCGGGGUUGGGAUCGAUCUGUCUCCGAGCUACUCGUUGCCCCAAGCUGCGAGGAUGUUCAGCUGUGUGGGCUGCUUUUGGGUCCUCCUGUCCUCUGCUCUGGUAGCUAUCUGUAGUUUCAGUUUUAUAUCUCCUGCGUGGAUUGUCAAGGACCAUCUGAAAAACAAGGACUCGGUGAGCUUCGGUUUACUUUGGCACUGCUCGGAGUCCCUGGACCAUAUGUACAGAUGCUACACCUUCGGAGGACUCGGAAAAUUCGCGGAGAUCCCGUCCAGCUCGUGGCAGACGAGUGCGGUGCUGUGUUCUGGAGGAUGUUCUCUCCUGGCAGUCAGCUCUCUGUUGGCCAUCAUCACCAUCUUCCUGCCCAGCGGAGGCUGUGAGAGGAGGAUCUGUACACUGGCUGGAUACAUGCAGAUGGCUGCGCUGUCCAUGGAGACCAUUGGCAUCGUCUACUUCUAUCGUUACUUCAUAGAGAAGAAUAGUUACUUGGAGAAAGUAGAGAAGAAUAGCUGCUACUUCUUCAACAGCUAA